UCCCAUCAUGGACAGGAAUUCUUCCAGUACAAGUAACAGGCGAGAACAUGUCAAAAUUACAACUAACCCACAGCCGGGCUUCCUGGAGCGACUGAGUGAGACAUCGGGCGGCAUGUUUGUGGGACUCAUGACCUUCUUGAUCUCCUUCUACUUAAUCUUCACCAAUGAGGGCCGCGCACUGAAGACUGCCACCUCUUUGGACGAGGGGCUCUCACUCGUCGUAUCCCCAGACAGCAUCCACACUGUGGCACCAGAGAAUGAGGGGCGACUCAUACACAUCAUUGGGGCUCUUCGGACGUCCAAGCUCUUGUCAGAUCCCAACUACGGAGUCCACCUGCCAGCGGUGAAGCUGCGCCGGCAAGUGGAGAUGUACCAGUGGGUAGAAAGCGAGGAGUCCAGGGAGUACACCGAAGAUGGGCAGGUGAAGACGGAGAGGAAGUAUUCCUACAACACUGAGUGGAGGUCAGAGCUCGUCAGUAGCAGAAACUUUGACCGAGAGAUUGGCCACAAAAACCCCAGUGCCAUGGCAGUGGAGUCCUUCACAGCAACAGCUCCUUUUGUCCAGAUCGGCAGGUUCUUCCUCUCAGCCGGCCUUAUUGAAAAAGUCGACAACUUCAAGCCCCUGAGCCUGUCCAAGCUGGAAGACCCGCAUGUGGACAUCAUUCGCCGGGGGGACUAUUUCUACCACAGUGAAAACCCCAAGUAUCCGGAGGUUGGGGACCUGCGUGUUUCCUUUUCCUACGCAGGGCUGAGUGGCGACCACCCUGACCUGGGUCCGGCCCAUGUGGUGACUGUGAUUGCCCGGCAGCGGGGUGACCAGCUCGGCCCUUAUUCCACCAAAUCUGGGGACACUUUGCUGCUGUUGCACCAUGGUGACUUCUCAGCGGAGGAGGUGUUCCGUCGAGAACAAAAGAGCAACUCUUUAAAGACGUGGGGCCUGCGGGCAGCUGGCUGGAUGGCCAUGUUUAUGGGCAUCAAUCUCAUGACCCGUAUCAUCUACACCCUGGUGGACUGGUUCCCCAUCUUCCGAGACCUGGUCAACAUCGGCCUGAAGGCCUUUGCCGUAUGCAUGGCUACCUCGCUAACGCUGCUGACCGUGGCUGCUGGCUGGCUCUUCUACCGGCCCCUCUGGGCCCUCUUCUUCAGCUCAUUAGCCCUGGUGCCCCUCAUCAUUGCUCGGACCAGGGUGACGGCCAAAAAGCUGGAGUGAAAUAGGCCCUGCGGCCACAG